GGCGCUGCGGCAGCCGGCGCCGGGCAGCGCCAUGGAGCCGCAGGCCCGGGACGAGCCGCUCUCCCACCCGCUGGAGCCGCCGCCGCCGCCGCCGCCGGAGAAGCGCUUCAGGCUGUGGUACGUGGGCUCGUCGUGCCUGGACCGGCGCACCACGCUGCCCAUGCUGCCCUGGCUGAUGGCCGAGAUCCGCCGGCGCGGGCAGCGGCAGGAGCCCGGCGGCGCCCUGGGCAGCGCCGUGGCGGCCCGCGAGGUGCUGCUGCUGCUGGGCUCGCCCACGCUGCGCUGCGUGCCCGCCGGCCCCGCGCCCGGCGCCGGCCGCCCCGCCAGCCCCGGGCCCGCCGUCUUCAUCUUCGAGCACAAGGCGCAGCACAUCGCCCGCUUCAUCCACAACAGCCACGACCUCACCUACUUCGCCUACCUGAUCAAGGCGCAGCCCGACAACCCCGAGUCCCACAUGGCCUGCCACGUCUUCCGCGCCACCGACCCCAACCAGGUUCCUGAUGUCAUCAGCAGCAUACGACAAGUCUCCAAAGCGGCACUGAAAGAAGAUGCCAAGCCGAGUAAGGAUAGUGAAGAUGCCUUCUAUAACUCCCAAAAAUUUGAGGUCUUGUACUGUGGGAAGGUGACAGUGGCUCACAAGAAGGCUCCCUCCACACUCAUUGAUGAUUGUAUUGAGAAAUUCAGCCUUCAUGAGCGCCAGCGCCUGAAACUGUUAAGUGAGCAGCGCAAUACGGAGUCAAGUUUGGACUUACCCUUGUGCGAGGGAGAUGCACCAGCCUCACCAUCAGAUAGCCCCUUUGAGGAGUCUGAUGGCCCAGAUACCACCACGGUGCAGGCUGGGAUAUUUACAGUUGGCAGUCAAACCAACUUAACCAACCUGGCCAGCACUCGCAGCUCCUUUCCAGAGCGAAUCUUAGAGGACUCUGGCUUUGAUGAGCAGCAGGAAUUUCGUUCCCGAUGCAGCAGUGUCACCGCGGUUAUGCAAAGAAGGGUUCAUGAUACAAACCUGAAAACACAGCCACGCAGAAGGCAUGCCAGCGCGCCUAGUCACGUUCAGCCCUCGGAUUCGGAGAAGAACAGGACAAUGUUGUUUCAGGUUGGAAGGUUUGAAGUUAACCUCAUCAGUCCAGACACCAAAUCCGUUGUUCUUGAAAAGAAUUUUAAAGAUAUCUCUUCAUGUUCUCAGGGUAUAAAACACGUUGAUCACUUUGGCUUCAUUUGUCGGGAAUCUCUUGAACCUGGAUUAAGCCAGUAUGUUUGCUAUGUGUUCCAGUGCGCAAGUGAAUCUCUGGUCGAUGAGGUAAUGCUUACCCUGAAACAGGCCUUUAGCACUGCUGCGGCUCUGCAAAAUGCCAAGACGCAGGUCAAACUGUGCGAGGCCUGCCCUAUGCAUUCACUGCAUAAGCUGUGUGAAAGGAUUGAAGGACUGUAUCCACCAAGGGCCAAACUUGUAAUUCAGAGACACCUGUCAUCACUAACCGAUAAUGAGCAAGCAGACAUUUUUGAACGUGUUCAGAAAAUGAAGCCUGAAAACGACCAGGAAGAAAAUGAACUUGUGAUCUUACAUCUCCGCCAGCUCUGUGAGGCCAAGCAGAAAACACACGUUCACAUUGGUGAAGCACCGUUGACUGCUUCUAACAGUGCGAUUCCAGAAAGCACUACCAGUGGCGGCAGGUUUAAACUUGACAUUCUGAAAAACAAGGCCAAGAAAUCCUUGACUAGCUCUCUGGAAAAUAUCUUCUCAAGGGGAGCCAACAGAAUGCGAGGCCGCCUGGGAAGCGUGGACAGCUUCGAGCGCUGUAACAGCCUGGCUUCUGACAAAGACGCUUCCCCGGGGGAUUCUCCUCCGGCUACUCCGCCGGCUUCCCCCGUGUCCUCGGCCUGGCAGCCAUUUCCCGAGGAGGACUCGGACUCGCCGCAGUUCAGGAGGCGGGCGCACACCUUCAGCCACCCGCCGUCCAGCGCCAAGCGGCGGAUAACUUUCCAGAACGGCAGGUCCCAGAGCGUCAGGGCCCCGCUGCUGCGCCAGAGCUGCACGGAGCCUGGGAGUCCUGUUAUCGGGGUUCGGCGCUUUCACAAUGAGAGUGAGUCUGCGCCGCCUGGUCUCCCUUCCUCCCUCUCUGCCCCAUCUUUCCUGAAAAACUUUUACCCGAGCUCGGGGAGGUUGCUCCAGCACUCAGAAAAUGACCUCUCCAAGAGUGAUGGGGAGGGAAAGAAAAGAACAUCAACUGUCUGCAGCAGUGAGUCUCUAAAUGCUGUGGGGGCCACGCUCACACCGCGCCGCAUCUCCUGGCGGCAGAGAAUAUUCCUGCGGGUAGCUUCACCUAUGAAUAAAUCUCCUUCCAAGAUGCAGCAUCCAGAUGGUCAUGAGGGAAGAGAGUUGUUACCAUUAUCACCUCUUGCUCCACCAUUGGAGGAGGACCCUCUUGUUUUAGUAUUGCAAAAUGAGGAUGCCUUAGAUAAAGCUGGUGAGAAGAAGAACUCAGAAGAACUACAAAGUCUAUGGAGAAAAGCCAUCCAUCAACAAAUUCUGUUGCUUCGAAUGGAAAAAGAAAACCAGAAGCUGGAAGCAAGCAGAGAUGAGCUCCAGUCAAGAAAAGUCAAAUUGGACUAUGAUGAAGUUGGUGCAUGUCAGAAAGAUGCCAUCAAUGUUUGGGAUAAGAAAUUACUAAACUGCAGAGCCAAAAUCCGUUGUGACAUGGAAGAUAUUCAUGCCACUUUGAAAGAAGGCGUACCAAAAAGUCGUCGAGGAGAAAUUUGGCAAUUUUUGGCUGUGCAGCAUCGAGUCAGACACAGACUGCCAAACAAACAGCAGCCUCCUGACGUCUCUUACAAAGAACUGUUGAAACAACUGACGGCUCAACAGCAUGCCAUCCUCGUAGAUCUAGGACGGACAUUCCCUACCCAUCCUUACUUUUCUACCCAGCUGGGAGCAGGACAGCUCUCACUCUUCAAUCUCCUGAAAGCGUAUUCUUUGCUGGACAAGGAAGUGGGGUAUUGCCAAGGUAUCAGCUUCGUAGCUGGAGUGCUGCUUCUACAUAUGAGUGAGGAGCAAGCCUUUGAAAUGCUGAAAUUCCUCAUGUAUGACCUUGGCUUCCGUAAACAGUACAGGCCAGACAUGAUGUCGCUACAGAUUCAGAUGUAUCAGCUGUCAAGGCUUCUUCAUGAUUAUCACAGAGACCUGUAUAAUCAUCUUGAAGAGAAUGAAAUCAGUCCCAGUCUUUAUGCUGCACCAUGGUUUCUUACGCUGUUUGCAUCUCAGUUUCCAUUAGGAUUUGUAGCCAGAGUAUUUGAUAUUAUUUUUCUUCAAGGAACAGAAGUCAUAUUUAAAGUAGCACUGAGCCUACUUAGCAGUCAGGAAACAUCUAUAAUGGGAUGCGAGAGUUUUGAGAAUAUUGUUGAUUUUCUUAAAAGCACUAUUCCAGACAUGACUCAUCCACAGAUGGAAAAAAUUAUUACCCAGGUGUUUGAGAUGGAUAUAUCAAAACAGCUCCAUGCUUAUGAAGUAGAGUACCAUGUGCUGCAGGAUGAACUCCAGGAAAAUAUGAAUCCCUGUGAUGAAGGUGAAUCUCUGGAGAAGCUGGAGAGGGCAAACAGCCACCUAAAGAGACAAAACAUGGAUUUGCUGGAGAAGCUACAGGUUGCUCAUGCUAAAAUUCAGAGUCUGGAAUCCAGCCUGGAGACUAUUUUGACUCGAGAGAACAAAAUGAAGACUGUAAUUCAGUCCCUGGAGCAGGAGAAGAUAACAUAUCAGAAGACUCUCGAGCAGAUAAUGAAGUAUUUGCCAACAGAAGCAUUGUCUGACUGUGAACUGCUCCUGAAGGAAGUAAACUAUAAUCCAAAUAAUAAAACAAAAUAAGGAAAUAAGCCAUAAAUCAGGGUUUUCUAAGCAGCAUAACUUCAAAUAUUAAGGGAAAGAAUAGAUGAGUAUGCUGUUUUCAAUGAACUUAGAAAGCAAUAGGCUAUGGUAUUAUCCAAAACUAGUGCUGGGACACUCAUAGCUACAGAUGGGCCUUCAAACCUUAGUAUGCAAAUUCAGACCAUUAAUUUUUUUUAUGGUUGUGUAAAUAAAUCACAAGGGGGAAGUAAAGGAUUCUCAUGUAAUUAUGAUGAGUAGAUGUAUAUUUAGAGUUGACCUAACAGAAAAGAUUAAAAAAAAAAUCAGUAGUCAAAACCAAGGUAAUGGUGAACUACAAUUUCACUCUGGAUGUGCUUGUCUUGUAGUGAAAUGAAGAUAAUGUGUCUUUUUAUAUAUAUACUGAAUAAUACUUGAAAAAAAAAAAAAAAAAAAAGAGAAUGUAAUUUUCCCUCCAAAGAGCAGCAUGUGUCACAUCUUCUAUGGAAAAUCUAUGUGAACUCAUGCGUGCCUGUCAUUUAACUCUACUGACAUUGUGUACAUAGUAAUGCAGAAUCACAGAGUUAAGUAUCGCUCCUGGCUUGUACCGGGAGAGUUUAGUGCCAUACACUGUCUGGGCUGUACCAGUCAGCAGCGUAAUUCCACAUGCAUGUUGGAACUGAACAAAAAAACAUCAUGUCACAGAUAAGCCUCAGUAACUCUGACUUAAAUACAUAUCUAUACACACACAUGCAGAAUUUGUAAAUGCAAGAGGUAAUACUUUCUUCCCAUCCUGUUUGCUUCCACCUGUCCUGCAGUUUUUCAGGAGCAAUGGGUGGAAGAAAAUAAGGCUGCGGAGUAGUAUUUAUUCUGGUGUUAAUUAUCUGCAGAAGACUUGCUGUGAUAAUAGUUAAGUGUGGAAGAGGUUCUCAUUUAACCAAAGAAAUCUUGCAGGAAGCCUUGUCUUAUCGUGGUCGGAGCCAGGGAGCUGGUUAUGGAUUCCAGCUGACAAGGGAAUCAAGGCAGGUUGCAGGCAGUACAGCAAAAGUUCCUUGGGAGAGGACCAAGCAAGUUUCAAGUAUUACGUACCUUUCAGUUUUCACAUAUCUAGUGGAUAUACAUUUCAAAGGGAAUUCUGAAGUACAGGAGCAGUUUCAUGCUUUUCUGGUUGUUCCUGUUUUAAUACUUUUUGGGGGUGGUCUUUUUAAAACAAACAAAAUCAUGUUUGUUUUCUGGGAGAGAGAAAGGUAAGCUCUGGUCAUUUCAAGACAGAAAAUAUGUUUAUAAAGGCAUGAUAAGAUGCAUAUAGAUUUGAAAAUGUUUUCAAGCAGAAAUUUCAAAGAAGCUUAGACGGAUAUGUAAUAGACACGUAUUUUGGGAUGCAUGUCUGAACUGUUAAAUUGAGUGUCAAAGUGGCUCAUGUUAUCUCUUACUGUUUAUACUGCAUUUCAGGAAACGCUUAUUCUUUUUAGUAUGAAAAACAUUUAAGCAAAGUGCCAAAUCCAGCAGUGUCUUUAUGCAUAAGAUUGUCCAAUUUAGAAAGCAAAUGCUUUCUAAGUGUUAUACUUUAUGUUGACAUAAAGAAAACUGAGGAACAACCAUGCUGAUUUGCUGCACGCUGCUGCGGAACUGAGGGGUUUGGGGCUUCUUGAUUUUUGUUGUUGGUUUUUACUUCCAUUGUAGGGUUUUCUUGAUUAAAAAUAUUGAUUUACUUAAGUCUUUCUUACUACAGUUGGGGUGCAAGGUCUUAACACUGUGUAUAAAAACUAUGUGGACUUUGUCUAGGUAUUUCAGUAAUAUUGUGUUGUACCAGGUGGAAGAAUGCCAAGUGAAAAGGCAGUUCUUUUCCAUUUUGUUCAAAGUAAGUUUUGUCUGUUAUGUACAUACAAAACCAGUCCUGGGGAACUGCAGUAGAGUGUAUUACAAAGAAUCAAGGUUAUCCAGAAAUAUAUCAUCAUUUUUUUUUCUUUCCACAGAAUGUGCUUUAUCUUUUGUUUCACUUAUCAAACUUUUCAUGUAAUGCCUGGAGAAAUUCCAAUAAAUGUCAUUGUUGCAUUUCC